AAUUUCAGAUUCUCAUCCCACUAUCUACAAUCACUUGACACAUUGCUACCUGAAUCAAGAUGUCGUCUCCAAUGAAAGUAUACUACAGUCAAACCACCCAGACAGACAGUCAUCCAUUAAUUGUUGCUGGGCUCCACAGGCGAAGAGUCAUGACCAAGGAUGGACGCAGCAAUGUACGGAUGGACCACAUUAGCGAUAAGAGUUACCUUUACCUCAAGGAUAUCUGGACAACUUUCAUUGAUAUGCAAUGGCGAUACAAGCUUGUUCUCUUUUCUGCCACCUUUGCAGGCACUUGGUUUGUCUUUGGUGUUAUCUGGUACUUAAUUGCAAUGAUCCAUGGAGAUCUCCUGGAGUUUGAACCUCCAAGCAACCAUACCCCUUGUGUAAUGCAGGUCCAUACCUUAACAGGUGCCUUCCUAUUCUCCCUGGAAUCACAGACCACCAUUGGCUAUGGCUUUCGUUAUAUAAGUGAAGAGUGCCCAUUUGCCAUUGUCCUCCUCAUCACUCAGCUGGUGCUCACAUCUAUCAUGGAGAUCUUCAUCACAGGCACAUUUCUAGCAAAAAUCGCUCGACCAAAAAAGCGAGCAGAGACAGUGAAAUUCAGUCACAAUGCUGUGGUGGCCCAUCGUGAUGGCAAACUUUGCCUCAUGAUCCGAGUUGCAAACAUGCGCAAAAGCCUCUUAAUUGGUUGCCAGGUCACAGGAAAGCUCCUUCAGACGUACGUGACAAAGGAAGGUGAGACCAUCAAACUGAACCAAACCAAUGUUGACUUUCAAGUUGACACAUCCUCUGAUAGCCCCUUCCUCAUCCUCCCUUUGACUUUCUAUCAUGUUAUCGAUGAACUCAGCCCAUUCCGAGACAUGAACAUUCGUUCACCAGAUACGGAUGUAGAACUGGUAGUGAUCUUACUUGCAACUGUGGAAUCGACUAGUGCCACCUGCCAAGUAAGGACUUCCUACCUUCCUGAGGAAAUUCUUUGGGGUUAUGAAUUCACACCAGUAAUCUCACUCUCUCCAAGUGGCAAAUAUGUGGCUGACUUCAACUAUUUUGAUCAAGUGGUGAAGAUCUCCAGCCCCUGCUGUCUUCAUGAGAACAACAAAUAUGGAGACCCUGAAAAGAUGAAACUAGAAGAGUCCUACCGUGAGAAAGCAGACAAAGAAAGUAGCCCAGUAAGUGUGCGCAUCAGCAAUGUUUGAUGUCAGAAUAGGACAGAAAGAAAAAAGGAACAGUUCAACACUGUAUUUUACAGCCUGUGCAUUUAACCAGCACUAGGGAUUUUUUUCUAAAUAUAAUCAAGCUAUCUGAAGCCAUUAUAAUGAUUUAUUCCUGUGACAAUGACUUUCAUUUAGUCUGACUUUACAACGAUCACAUAGUCAAACAAGGCCAACUUUGUGGUUUACGUAGCUCUGGGGGACUACUGUAAAUACACUGGUUGAACAAAGUUAAAACAGCUGAGCACUGUGAAAUUAAACAGACUCAUUAUUUACGAUAAGAAUGCAUUACAAGCCUUAAAAAGUAAGGCUUCUAAGAAGGGACAACAGUCACAUUAACUAUCAAUGUUACACUAAUAUCUUACAAUUGCAUGUUCUGUAAAACCUUAAUAUGGUUUUACCAAAUGGGCUGGUCGUAGAACUUCUGCUUCAUUCACAUUUUGCAGACUACAAAACCUGAGACAAUACUUUAGUACUGGAAUGUAAUAUAGUUUUAUCAGUUCUUUUGAAGUAUGAAGUCUAAAAUAGCAGUAUCGGAAUGAUUAGGCUCAAGCUAUAAUUGCAUUUUGUUUUCAGAAUAGUUAUACAUUGUUACUCCACUUGAUUUUAUUACCUUUAACCAGUUUCAAAGGGACUGCAGAUUCAGAUUUUUUUAUACUGCCUAACCAAUCAAAAGUGGUACUUAGAAUGACAAUGCUCAUGUACCUACUUCAGAAGAUGGAAACUGGAAAUCUUAAAAUGGCGAUGCUCAUGUACUUACUUCAGAAGAUGGAAACUGGAAAUCUUAAAACGGCGAUGCUCAUGUGCCUACUUCAGAAGAUGAAAACUGGAAAUCUUAAAACGGCGAUGCUCAUGUGCCUACUUGAGGAGAUGGAAGCUGGAAAUCUUAAAAUGGCGAUGCUCAUGUGCCUACUUCAGAAGAUGGAAACUGGAAAUCUUAAAACGGCGAUGCUCAUGUGCCUACUUGAGGAGAUGGAAGCUGGAAAUCUUAAAAUGGCGAUGCUCAUGUACCUACUUCAGGAGAUGGAAACUGGAAAUCUUAAAACGGCGAUGCUCAUGUGCCUACUUCAGAAGAUGGAAACUGGAAAUCUUAAAACGGUGAUGCUCAUGUGCCUACUUGAGGAGAUGGAAACUGGAAAUCUUAAAAUGGUGGUGCUCAUGUACCUACUUUAGAAGAUGGAAACUGGAAAUCUUAAAAUGGCGAUGCUCAUGUGCCUACUUCAGAAGAUGGAAACUGGAAAUCUCACUGACAGACAUUUUUGUUGCACGCAAUGGGUCUAGGGUUAUAUCUGCAUAAUGCUGCUAAUGUAAACAUGGAGGACUGUUGUGGACUAUAAAACACAAACUUUUGAGCUUUCAGAAGCAAGGCUUAAGGACUGUUCUAACCACUCUCUGUGGACAAUCUACACUGCAGCACUGUAACAAAUGGUAAAUCCGUAAUAUAUUGUCAUGUCUUAGGCGUAUGUUCCAUGUAAUAUACAAUUGUUUCAUCACACAGGAAGUACAAGGUAUAGUGAAGCUUGAAACAUCUGUCGCAACCUGCUGAAAGAAUGGACUGAAAAUUCAAGUACAGACAUACACAGACUGGGUACAGAAUGUAAUUUAACUUGUAGCAGAAUAAAAUAGCUCAAAUUCAGUUUUAAAUAGUCUCUGAAAUCCUAUAAUAAAAUGUUUUCUGUAA